CAACUCAUGUUGCAUUAACGAAACACAAUCAUUUUUCUGCGGAGUCCGUGGGAGUGAGGUCGUUUUAAGAACAUGUCUAACAGAAAAGGGGACAAACCUGAAGGAAGUGCUGCUAAGUACAGCAAAACAGAAACCGACAGUGCAGGCAUGGGGAACGAAACAGAGGUGGAUUCCUUCUUUGGAGGUUCUUCAGCGCUGGAUCCUACGGAGGAGUACAGGAUGAACCACAGACGACGAGGCCUUGCAAUUAUCUUUAACCACGAGCACUUCUUCUGGAAACUGGGGAUGAAUGACAGAUAUGGAACCAAUGCUGAUCAGUACAGCUUGGAGAAAAGACUGAAGGAGCUAGACUUUGAAGUAAAGACUUAUGUUGACCGCAGACAGGAGGAAGUGCUGGAUAUACUCAGCAAAGCUGCAGAGGACGAUCACUCGGAUGCAGACUGCUUUUUGGUUGUUUUCCUGAGCCACGGUGAGGAUGACCAUAUUUACGCAAAUGAUGGCAAGAUCAGCAUUCAGGACAUCACCUCCAUGUUCAAAGGAACUAAGUGCAGCAGCCUUGUAGGAAAGCCGAAGAUCUUUAUACUCCAGGCAUGCCGCGGAGACAAGCAUGACGACCCAGUGAUGCCUUGUGAUGCUGUGGACAGUGAGGCAGAUACAAAUGAGGUGGUGGUAGAUGCCAGCGCCAUACACACCCUCCCUGCUGGAGCUGAUUUCAUUAUGUGCUACUCUGUGGCUGAAGGUUAUUAUUCCCACCGGGAGACCAUCAAUGGCUCCUGGUAUGUCCAGGACCUGUGUGAGCUGUUUCAGAAGUAUGGGGAUUCUCUUGAAUUCACACGGUUACUUACACUGGUCAACAGAAAAGUGUCCAUGAGGAGCGUUGGGAAAGCUAGGGAUCAGAAUGCCAUUGGGAAGAAGCAAGUACCAUGCUUUGCUUCGAUGCUGACCAAGAAUCUCUACUUCCGACCAAAAAAGUAACCAUUUCAAACCUUAAUCAUUAAAAAGCUGGUUUUAUAUUACUGCUUGGGAAAUGGGGUCUCCUGCAGGGAGCUUUUAAAAGUAUUUAGCGAUUUUUUUUUUCUUUUCUCUAUUUUUCUCUGAACACUAUUAUUUACAUUGAAUAAUCAGCUGGGUUAGCUAAGCCAAGUUAGUUAGUUACUUUAUAAAGACUAUAAUGGGAGUAUUUUGUUCCAGUAACUUGAUUUCUUGACAAUAAUUUCUGGUCUUCUUGUACUGAUUGCAUGAUGCAGUAAGAUGUUCUUGUUACUGUGUUCAAGCCCAGUAGCUCAGUGCACAUUUUUCAACUACUUGCUUUAAGACUGCAGGGUUGUUCACAGUGUCCUUGUUGAGGGAAAGCUUUCUCAGACUGUCUCUGGAGAAACUGGAAAUGUCAGGUAAUUCUGAGGUAACAGAACACCACAAUAACCAGGUACUAGCAAUGACUUUGUUCAGUGUUUCUGUAAGCACUAAUGAUCACCUAAAAUCUCUUAACACACUACAUCCAGACACUACAUAAACACGCUGUCUUCAAUGUGGUCCCUCUAAAAGGGAAUUUGUGUUUGUGCUGUUCUUUGUCUUGUUGCACUUUACAGCACUACAUUUAAUAAUGCAUAUUUGCAGCUGAUAGUAGCUCAGGGAGAAACGGUGGCCUUUUAAACAGAUGGACCCAAUCCCACUGUCCACGCUCACAGAUCCACAUUCCCACUGAGUUAACGAGGGCUCAGGGCUGUCACACUAUGAAAUUGUCAAGUGUAUGAGGGAUCUCUCGCCUCCAUUCUGAGCGCUUUAUGCUUACUUUCCAUAAGUUAGCAAUUCUGCAGACUCUGCCUGAGGGAAAUCCCCACAUUUCAUAGCGUUGUGACAUGAAACAUGGGAUUAGCCUGCCUGGGGAAGGCUGGAAGCGUAAAAAGUAAAAUGCCAAUGAAAACAGACAUAAGAAAAAUAAAGAGGACUAACAGUAAACAAACACUAAUUUUGGCGUUGUCAUGGUGAUGUGAUAGUGUAAGUCACAUUCCUGUUGAUACAGUUUCCAGCCCUUGCAGACUCUUGCACUCAGUCACUUACAGGUGAUGCCACUUAAGUCUUGAGGGUUCAGGGCUUGAUACCUUAGGGAUUGGGUCGUGCUGUGAAACCUAAAACACAAAGCUCUGGCACAUGAUGUAUGACUCAGGAAAAAGCAAGCACAAUAGCAUCCUCUGGACUUGUAUUUUAAUGGCCUUACUGUUGUGAUUUUGUACAAUACGUUUCGUGUGACAUUUACUUUAUACUCACACAGUGAUUUUGUUUAAUAAAAACCUUCAUUUUGUGUAAAAAAAAAAAAAAAGUAUUCAUGUGAUGUCUUUAUGACACUUGUACCCUGAAAUUGUAAACAAAUCUCCAUCUUA